AUCGCUCGAUAUAUCCAUCGAGCAAUUAACUAAGCUAAGGAAAGCUAGAAAUUCAGUAGUAAGACUAAGAUGUCGGCAGGAGGGGUGUGGGUGUUCAAGAACGGGACGAUGGAGCUGGAUCAUGAGGCGGGGACGACCAAGAAGGCACUGGUGUACGUGCCGGCGAACGAGACGAUAAGGACGCUGGAGAUGCUGGAGCGACGGCUGGGCUCGCUGGGGUGGGAGCGCUACUACGAGGACCUCGCCGUCGUGCAGCUCCACAAGCGCGACGGCAGCAUCGACCUCAUCUCCGUCCCCCGCGACUUCUCCAGGCUCCGCUCCACCCACAUGUACGACAUCGUCGUCAAAAACCGCGGCCAAUUCAAGGUCGUCGACGUGCAGGCAUCUGGCUCGACAUCUUCAUCGACCAAUUAAUCAUUCCCCAGCCGCCCUGCCAGAUACCGCCGGCACUAGCCAUACGUAAAUGGCUUCAAGCCACGUACAUAUAGAUAGACGUACGUACGUCAUAUUAUAUAUAUAGUACAAAUAAUGUGUGAUGUAACCGUGUUUACAUAUAUAUAUGGGAAUGAAGCAACUC